AUACAAGAAGAAUAAAUUCUAACAUCUCCCUCAUACAGGAUGUUACCAAGUUGACGCCUCUUUCACCAGAAGUCAUCAGCAGACAAGCAACAAUUAAUAUAGGUACAAUUGGCCAUGUAGCCCAUGGAAAGUCGACAGUAGUCAAAGCUAUAUCUGGAGUUCAUACUGUCAGAUUUAAAAAUGAACUGGAAAGAAAUAUCACAAUCAAGCUGGGUUAUGCUAAUGCAAAGAUUUACAAGCUGGAUGACCCAAGCUGUUCCCGGCCAGAAUGUUACCGAUCCUGUGGAAGUAGUACCCCAGAUGAGUUCCCUACAGAUAUUCCUGGCACCAAAGGGAACUUUAAACUCGUCAGGCAUGUCUCUUUUGUGGAUUGUCCUGGGCAUGAUAUUUUGAUGGCUACCAUGUUGAACGGUGCAGCAGUAAUGGAUGCAGCUUUACUGUUGAUAGCUGGUAAUGAGUCAUGCCCUCAACCCCAGACCUCAGAACAUCUAGCUGCUAUAGAAAUCAUGAAACUGAAACACAUUUUGAUUCUACAGAAUAAGAUUGAUUUAGUGAAGGAGAGCCAGGCUAAAGAACAGUAUGAACAGAUUCUUGCAUUUGUACAAGGUACAGUUGCAGAAGGAGCUCCCAUAAUUCCAAUCUCAGCACAGCUGAAAUACAACAUUGAGGUAGUUUGUGAGUAUAUAGUGAAGAAAAUCCCAGUCCCUUUGCGAGACUUCACAUCUGAACCAAGGCUUAUUGUAAUUAGAUCUUUUGAUGUCAACAAGCCUGGCUGUGAAGUUGAUGACCUUAAGGGGGGUGUAGCUGGUGGCAGUAUUCUAAAGGGUGUUUUAAAGGUGGGUCAGGAAAUUGAGGUGCGGCCUGGCAUUGUGUCCAAGGACAGUGAAGGAAAACUCAUGUGCAAGCCGAUCUUUUCCAAAAUUGUGUCCCUCUUUGCCGAACACAAUGAUCUGCAAUAUGCUGCUCCAGGAGGUCUUAUAGGUGUUGGAACUAAGAUUGAUCCAACUUUGUGUCGGGCUGACCGAAUGGUGGGCCAAGUUCUCGGUGCAGUUGGAGCACUGCCGGAAAUAUUUACAGAGCUAGAAAUUUCCUAUUUCUUGCUGAGACGACUAUUAGGUGUGCGCACUGAAGGAGACAAGAAAGCUGCAAAGGUGCAAAAAUUAUCGAAGAAUGAAGUUUUAAUGGUAAACAUAGGAUCCUUAUCUACUGGAGGGAGAGUCAGUGCAGUAAAAGCUGAUUUGGGGAAGAUUGUGCUAACUAACCCAGUCUGCACAGAAGUGGGAGAAAAAAUUGCCCUGAGUCGAAGAGUUGAGAAACACUGGCGUUUAAUUGGUUGGGGUCAAAUCAGAAGAGGAGUGACAAUCAAGCCAACUGUUGACGAUGACUGAAGAACAAAAGAGAGUGCUUCAUUUUUAAAGAUGAAGUGCCUAUUUCUAUUUUGGAGGGGGUAUAUUUUCACAGUGAAAGUGGAAGCUGUGCAAACAUUAUCUGUGAGUUGUAUGGCUGUCCUUGUACAUUUGAUUGAAUUUUACCCUCUUACUAAAAUACUAGUCACUAUCACCAUUAAAAGUGUAAAAGAAUUGGCGUAGAAGUGGAUUUAAUUAUCCACAUUUCAGUAGAAAUUAAUUGUACAUGUCCCAUGGCAUGUCUAAUUUAUGUUAUUUUGUGUUUCAGACAUAUCUGUUUAAUAUCAGUCAAGCCAGCCCCAGUGUAACACACAAACCAUAAAUCUGGUAUUGAAAUAAAAUAUUGCUUAUUUUCAUUAAUACAUUUUUUUUUUCUGAGUAACAAAAGACUGUGCUGAUUGUUCAACCAGUACAAGAAUUAAAAACAAAGAAAACAAACUCUCCUUGGA